AUGGCGUUGAAAAAAACAAAGGCACAAGCGGGCACUACACCAUCCACGACACUUACCACUUCCAAAACUUCAUUACGGCGAUAUUUUGCAGAAAAAUCGGAGACGGAUCAGCAAUCCAAAAUGACGGCGGCGGCGGGAAAAUCCCCCACCUGCAAUGCUCCAGCCAGCCCUGCUCCUUCUGAUGGUUCCACAGACGGAGCCGAUCAAAAGACACUCCUCACACAAUUGCCAUCCAAGUCAGACCUCGAGGCAAUGUUUUCCAGAAUGGAGAAGAGCUUUGGGGACAAACUACAAACACUCCAUGAGGAGGUGAGCCAUAUAGACAACAGAGUGCAAACACUAGAGAAAGAGGGAGAAAUUACAGCCUUGCACUUAACAAAUGUGCAAUCCCUACAACAAGUCCAUAAUGAGGCCAUAUUAUUCCUGCAAAGGAAAAUAGAAGACCUAGACAAUAGGGGUAGGCGCAACAACCUACUUUCUACCUGA